UUCAAUUGUAGCUGCUUCCCCUUUAGCAACAAGCGGGAACUUUGUGUAAAGGUUCACGAUUGAAAGUUUUGAGUGUUUUCAUCAUGAAUUCAUCGCUACCAAAGUUGAAUUUAGUGGUUGCAGUAUGUAACAAUGGUGGGAUUGGAUGUGAGGGAAGAAUACCCUGGAGAAUCAAGCAGGAUCUUGCAUUUUUCAAAAAACUGACUAGCAAUACAGACAGCACCAAGAAACAGAACGCUUUGAUUAUGGGGCGGAAGACUUGGUUUUCUAUUCCUGAAAAGAUGCGACCUUUGCCAGGGAGAAUCAACAUCGUCCUCAGUCAAACGUUAUCCAAAGCCCCAGCAGGUGCCCACCUAGCCAGUAGCUUAAAUGAAGCAGUGGAAAUGGUCACUUCUGGACCGCUGGCCGCUCAUACAGAGUCAAUUUUUAUAAUUGGAGGCAGCACAGUCUAUCGUGAAGCAAUCUCCAGUGUCUACCCUUGUAGGCUGUAUGUGACCCGUGUGCUGCGAGACUAUGAAUGCGAUACUUUUUUCCCCAAAGUUGACUGGUCCAGUUUUAGAGAAAUAUUUGUUUCUGACAUUCCCUCAGAAAUUUUAACGGAAAAUGGAAUUGACUUUAAGUUUGAAGUGUUUGAAAAAGUUUAGCGGACAAGACUUAAAGGCACAAAAGCAUGUUAUCUCACACAAUCUUUACUUCUCUGGGUCAGUAAGAGGCUAUAUGUACAAAGAAAAUGCAAUCAUGUUCGUCUAUCCUUUUUAAGGCACAAUAUCAUUCAAAAAAGACGAAGGCAAGUUCACUAAAAUUUGCUACGAGCACUUUUUUUUUCGUUUAGUGCAUUCAUUUAUCAUGAAUCUACAUUAGUGGAUUAGUAAUGUGCCUAUUUUGGGAUCGUUUUGAGAACAAACGUUUGAGGAGAACGACUAAUGCUUUUUUAAAAAAAUCACCCUUGACUUUGUCUCCUUGCUAAAAGAAUUAAUGGUAUUUUGAAGACAUAUUUUUUCACCAUUUUUUUAAACAGUAUUCACGACAGCUGCUUUCCGCUUUUUCAAGUCGCUCACACAGAGCGGUGAUGUUUGCAUGACAUACCACUGCCAUUAUUUUGCAUCUCUUGUAGAAUGUGAGGUUAUUUUAUGCUGCCUGCUAAUUACUAGAUUGCAUGUGUCAAUAUUUCACUGUAGUAACAAAUUAGUUAAUCUUAAUUGUUUCAAGUAUGCUUCAUGUGCUAUAUAAAUUAUGUUUCUUCUUAUUAUGAAUUAUUUUUGUGGCAACUGUAAAACUUAUACUGCAUAUUUGAUUAUCUCAUGUCACCUGGUACUAAGUUCAUAAAGAGCAAAAUAGAAAGGUCUGGUGCAAAUUA